AUGUCUGAUGAGAGAACGCUUAUACAAAAAAGGGAAGAUUUGGGGAGGCGCCGCUGCAAGAAGGUGGCGGCUCGGCCGUGGCGGCAUCGCUCGCGGUAUGUGAAGCUGCCGUGGGGUGACUUUUGUGAGGGCGCUAAGAAGGCGAUGGACGAACCUUCCUUAACGACUUCCAUGGAGUGGGACACGCAGGUGGUGAAAGGGUCCUCGCCGCUGGUCCCUGCAGGGCCGGGGGCGGAGGACCUGCCAUCCAGCCCGCGGUUGCCGUCGUGGCUGCAGCCGGAGAGGCGCGCCGUGUCCCAGUGCGCGCAGUGCCACGCUGUGCUGGCUGACUCGGUGCACCUCGCCUGGGACCUGUCGCUGUCCCUCGGGGCCGUGGUCUUCUCCAGAGUCACAAAUAACGAGGUUUUGGAAGCCCCCUUCCUAAUUGGCAUUGAAGGUUCACUGAAAGGCAGCACUUAUAUCCUUUUAUUCCGUAGUUCCUGUGGGAUUCCCAUUGGUUUCCAUCUGUAUUCUACCCAUGCUGCCCUGGCCGCCUUGAGAGGUCACUUCUGCCUUUCCAGUGACAAGAUGCUGUGCUACCUCUUAAAAACAAAAGCAACAGGAAAUGCAUCUGACAUGGAUAUUUACAACGUACCUCUACCAGAAAAGGUUGCAGAGCUGAAGGAGAAGAUAAUGUUAACACAUACUCGCUUAAAUGCACUGAUGACAAUUCUGAAGGAAGUGACUCCUGGCCAGUCCAAGCCAGCAAACUGA